GUUCACAUCCUAGGGACUGGACCUAAGGGCGUGUCACCAAAAAUGGUUUUGGCAAAAUACCAUACUAAACCGCUCUAGAAAUUUAUUUGACCGUUUCAGAACGCAAAACAUCUUUGCGAACCGCAAUCGGACAUACUUUAGUGACACGCCCUAAGCAGAGCAUUCAUGCACAGGACCGACUCUCCUUAGCUCCUAACCGCUUAGGGUUUUCGUAGUCCAAUCCUCGUUGCGAUCAGAUCGUGCCAUGGCUAAGGCUGAAACUCUCCGACAGGACGGCGCGACGCACAGUGACGGAGGUACGAGAGCAAGCCUAGACGAAGCCACGAAGACCCCUGUUGCGAUGCCCGUAGCAACAGCAGCAGCAGCAAUGACCACUGUAACAGAGACGACAGGAAGUGUAGCGGAAGCAAAAGCAGUCGUAGGAGCCAGAUCACCUGGAGCAGCAGCAGCGGCAUCUGCACCAGGCAGCGAAAGGGCAGCUGUAGCAGGCAGCGAAGGGGCAGCUGUAGCAGGCUGCGAAGGGGCAGCUGUAGCAGGCAGCGAAGGGGCAGCUGUAGCAUGCAGCGAAGGGGUAGCUGUAGCAUGCAGCGAAGGGGCAGCUGUAGCAGGCAGCGAAGGGGCAGCUGUAGCAUGCAGCGAAAGGGUAGCUGUAGCAUGCAGCGAAGGGGUAGCUGUAGCAUGCAGCGAAGGGGCAGCUGUAGCAGGCAGCGAAGGGGCAGCUGUAGCAUGCAGCGAAGGGGGAGCUGUAGCAGCAGAAGGCAAUGAAGGGGCAGCUUUAGGAGCGGGAGGGCCAUCAGUGGACAGCAACGGUGCGGAUCCGAGCAGGCACACACUGUGCGACCAGGGCACUCGUCGCACAAGGUGUCGCGAAGCAGCAAGAAACCGGGAAUUUCGCACAAACGACUGUAGGGAUCAGAACGGAUCUGAGGGCGUAGAGAGCAAGGCUGAGGGGCAGCAGUGUAAGGGCGGGAGAGGGGGAGGCGUAGCGCCAAAGCAGUGUGCGGAAGGAGCUAGUUCCAAAGCAGCGACUAGUUCCAAGCUACCGGCUAGCUCCAAGCCACCGGCUAACUCCAAGGCAGCGGUGCUCCUCGGCCGAGCGUCGGGCCCCACGCGCGUUCCCUCCGUGGCCCUGCACGAGUGCCCUGUCUUCCACCCUUCGCCCGAAGAGUUCGCCGACCCCCUGCGAUUCAUCGCACGUGUUCGCCCAGUCGCAGAGCCGUGCGGCAUGUGUCGCAUAGUCCCCCCGCCAGGCUGGGACCCCCCCUUCGCGCUAGACCGCUCCAAGUUCCGCUUCCGCACCAAGGUGCAGGCGCUGCACCAGCUGCAGCGCCGCCCCGCGCCCGCCGACCCCGCCACCUUCGCGCUUGACUACCUCCGCUUCCUCUCCGCCCUCCGCCUUGCGCCCCCGCCCGCGCUGCAGCGCGCACUUGCGCGCGCGGGGAUGGGGUUGGGGAAGAAAGGGGUUUCUGCAGAGGACAGGGCGGUGGUGGCGGCGGAAGCCAUGCGCGCGGGCGCGGUGGACAUCUGCACGCUGUUCCACGCCGUGCAGCGGCGGGGGGGAUUUGCGCGCGUGAGCGAGAGCAGGGCGUGGGGGGACGUGCUCCGAUGGCGGCUGGAAGAGCUGGAGGCGUGGAGAGAAACGGGCGGGGAAGAAGCGGAGGGGGAGGAUGGAUGCAGCGAGGCGCGUGGGGAGGCGGAAAGUGCUGCAGACGGGAAGAGAAAACGACAAGAACGUGAGGCGGACGGGGAAAAGGGUAGCAAGUCCCAGAAGCGGAACGAUGGCAGCAGCAGCGGGCAGGGUGCGAGUGACGCAGGCAGGUCCAACAGCCAUCGGCGCGCAGCCAAGGGCGUGAAGUACAGCGAAGCGGAGUCGGACGGGGAGGAGGAGGAUGGAGAGAACGAUGACUCGGACAGCGACGACGCGGCAGCGGAUGCGGUGUGCGAGCGGUGCAGAGGGGGCGGCCACGAGGAGCAGAUGCUGCUGUGCGACCGCUGCGACCGCGGCUGGCACCUCUUCUGCCUCUCUCCACCGCUCUCCACCGUGCCGCCCGGCACGUGGUUCUGCCAGGACUGCGUGGCGCGCCCCCACGACACCUUUGGCUUCACCACCGGAGAUAACAUCUCCAUCGCCGCCCUGCAACGCGCCGAUCGCAUGCUGCGCGAGCAGCUCUUCGGCGCCAAACAGGCUGGCGCGCUGACGUCAGCGCAGCUGGAGGAGGCGUUUUGGCGGAUAGUGGACGGCGCCGUGGGUCCGGUGGAGACGCUGUAUGGCAGCGACAUCGACACCGGGGUCAGUGGCAGCGGCUUCCCCAGGCGCGGCGAGCCCGUGCCGCCGCAUGCGGUGCAGAGCGGUGUGAGCGAGGCGCGGUGGCGGCAGUACGCGGAGGCGCGGUGGAACCUGAACAACCUCGCGCGGGACGCGGCGUCCGUGCUGCGGUAUGUGGAGGACGCCAUCCCCGGGGUCAUCGUGCCGUGGCUGUACAUGGGCAUGAGCCUCUCCGCCUUCUGCUGGCACUUCGAGGACCACUGCUUCUACUCCGUCAACUACGUGCACUGGGGAGAGCCCAAGCUGUGGUAUGGUGUGCCAGGGCAUGCAGCAGAGGCGUUCGAGAAGGUGAUGCGGUCGGCGUUCCCGGACCUGUUUUCAGCGCAGCCGGACCUGCUGUUCCAGCUGGUGACCAUGCUGCACCCCAUGGCGCUGCACCGCGCCGGGGUGCCCAUCUUCCGCACCGUGCAGGCUGCGGGGGAGUUCGUCAUCACCUUCCCACGCUCCUACCACGGGGGGUUCAAUCAAGGAGUGAACUGUGCCGAGGCCGUCAACUUCGCCCCGUGUGACUGGCUGCCGUGGGGCGGGCUGAGCGUCGAGCGCUAUCGCCUGUUCCGGCGCAAGUCCAUCCUCUCGCACGAGGAGAUGCUCUGCGUGCUGCUCAUGAACAAGCAGCGCGGGCUGCUGCCUGGGGAGAGGGAGGUGGCGGGGGCGGAGGUGCGGCGGAUUGUGGAGGGGGAGCAGCGGGCAAGGGACGCGGUGUGGGCGCAGGGUACCGUGAGGAGCGCACGCAUGGCGCCACAUGCCAGGGCGGAUGCCAUCACCGAGGAAGAGCAGGAUCUCGAGUGCCUCAUCUGCCGCUACUACCUCUUUCUCUCCGCGGUCGUCUGCUCCUGCCGUCCCCGCGAUGCCGUGUGCCUGCAGCACGCGUGCCAGCUUUGCGACUGCCCGCCCGCCCACCGCACGCUGCUGUACCGCCUUUCAGUCGCUGAGCUGAAGGACCUGCUGGGGGGCGAUCACGGGCAAGCCUCUGGUGGUGGGGAAGCAGGGGUUGGUGAUGGGAGGGGGAAAAGGCCAGGUGACGAGGGGUUGGGGGUGGUUAGGGGCAGCACCAGCAGCGGCAGCAGUGGCAGUCAGAAGGGCGAGUCCGUGUGCUGCCCGGCUGCGCCCAUCACGUAUUCUCGCCGCGUCAGCCCUGGUGGGGCUGGCGGUGCGAUGGGCGCGCCUGCCAUGUGCGGGCUGGCGAGCAUAGGCGUGAAGGGACGUGCCGCUGCUGACGCUGGUGCUGCUGCUGGUGCUGGUGGUGGUGCUGCUGCUGGUGCUGCUGCUGGUGCUGCUGCUGCUGCUGGUGCUGGUGCUGCUGGUGCUGGUGCUGGUGCUGGUGCUGGUGCUGGUGCUGCUGGUGCUGGUGCUGCUGGUGCUGCUGCUGCUGCUGCUGCUGCUGCUGCUGCUGCUGCUGGUGCUGGUGACAACGCUGGUGAUAGUGAAGGGUGUGGCGUCAGUGUGAGCAUGAGUGUUGUGGAGAAGCCAUGGCGUGGCAGCCUGGCAUCUGCUGAUGUUGACCAAUCAGCACCGCCCCUUUCUGUUGUGGCAGGCUUGCUCCGUAAGGCACCUGUGGAGGGGCGUGUUGAUGUGAAGGAAGAAGCGGUGGAGGCGGAGACAGAGAUGGGCCACGGGGGAACUGCGGCGGGCAAGGAGGGAGGUGGAGAAGCACAGGAGGGAGGGAAGGAAGUGGAGAUGGCCGGGCUGUGUGAGGAAGACGCCAGCGUUGUCAGGCGAAGCAGCCGACGCGCCGCUGCUGCCGCCGCCGCAGCAGAAGCCGUGGAGAGCGUUAAGGAGGAGGCGAGCAGCGGCGGGGCAGCGGACAGCGACAGGGCGAGGCGCGCCGGCACCCACGGGUGGGAGGCACAGCAGCGCCGGGUGCGGGGCCGGCUGAUGACGCACCGCGAGUGGGCGGCGCAGUGGGCGUCGCGGGGCAAGGUGGUGUUGCGGUCGCCGCCCACGGUGGAGACGGCAGCGGGCAUUCUGCGGGAGGCGCAGGAGUUCCUGUGGGCCGGCCACGAGGUCGAUGCUGCCCGCCGCGUGUACGACAAGGCACUGGCAGCUCUCACGUGGGCGCAGGAGGUCGCAGCCUGCUGCGGCCACUCCCUGCCAGCUGGCGCCCCGCCAUUGGUCGGCUGCUCCUCCAAGGACCCCCUCCUCUCCCUGCAGCCGUCACCUGCCCCUGCCGAGGCUGCUGGGGCUGUGGCUGCUGCUCCAAGCCACGCAGCAAGUGGGCCGGGAAGCCGUGUGGGUGGGGGCGGGCGGCGCAGGGGGCUGUACGAGAUGCAGCGGCUGCUGGAGGCGGCGGCGAGUGAGGUGCCGUGCAUCGAGCCGCACUUCAAGACGCUCAAGCUGCUGUACCGGGACGCGCUUGACCUCGACCAGCGCAUUCGCCUGGCUCUCCACGCCAAGCCGCCACUCGAGGCCAAGGCACUACACACGCUGCAAGCGGAGGCAGCAAGAGCCACAGUUGACAUCCCCGCAGCUGCCAAACUCAGGGACGCUCUCCUCGCCGCCCAGCAAUGGUCGGAAGCGGUGCAGAGGGCUCUGCCGCUGGUGAAGGCACCUCGAGCAGCUGCGCACGCCCCUCUGCCGGACCUGCACUCCCUCGCCAUGCUCGCCUCCCAGGGCGAGCGGCUGAGUGUGCGGGUGCCAGAGCACGAGGGGCUGUCCGCGCUGCUGCAAGCCGCCAAGCGCAUGGAUGCGCGGGCCCACGCCCUGCUCCACGCCGCGCCCUCGCUUCAGGACAUGGAGUCGCUGCUGCAGGAGGCGAGGGGGGUGGCAGUGCGCCUGCCAGCGGUGCAGCAGCUGCAGGAGAGGAGGGACGACGCACGGCGCUGGGGGGAGAGGGCGCGCGCGCUGCUGGCGGCGCUGGGGAGGAAGGAGAGGCGCAGCCUGAAGCAGACGCAGGCGCGGGCGCAGGGGCAGGGGCAGGGGCAGGGGCAGGGGCAGGGGCAGGGGCAGGGGUUGGGUGGUGGAGCAGCUGGCAGUGCGAGCAGCACACAUGCGUCUCACAGCCCUGUUCCCUCCGGAUCUCCUCCUGCCCCUGGGCCCUCAACUCCUGCUCCCGCCACCCCCAUGCCUCGUGCCACUGCUGCCCUCUCUCCCACAACUCCUCCUUCCACCACUGCUGCCUGCUGCUCUGUAUCCGACCACCCUGCAGCAGCCACCCCCACCCCCACUCCUUCUGCCACUGCCACUGUCACCCCCACGGUCACUCCCACUGCGACCCAUACUCCCACCGCUCAGCCUUCGACACCCCUCUCCUCCCCUCCUCCUGCAACGUGUGCUGCUGCGCCUGUCACUCCUCGUGCCCAAGCUACUCCACGUGAAUCCUCAGCCCUCACUGCUGGCACGCCCACCGCUGCCACAUCCGCCACAGCCAUGGCCACUCGCAGUGGGUGGAGGGAAGAGCUGGCAGCGCUGGUGGCAGCAGGCAGGCGGAUGCAAGUCACAUUGGGCGAGCUGCAUCAGGUGCAGCAGCAGCUGCAGCGCUUGCAGUGGGAGGAGGCGGCAGAGGGGGCUUUGGUGCAGCGGCUGACAGUUGGCGAGCUGGCGGCGCUUGAGAAGCAGGGGGCGAGUCUGCCCAUCCCCAGCGCCCUGCUGCCGCGCCUGCAAGCUGUGGUGGUAGCAGCAGCAGCGUGGGAGGCGAGGGUGGGGAGGGCCCUGGAGGGGGGCUGCGGCAUGGUGGAGGUGGAGGAGAUGGGCAGGACAUGGGCGGGAGGAGGAGGCGGCUUUGUUACAACGGGCAAUGGUGAUGGUGAUGAUGGUCAUGGUCAUGGUCAUGGUGAUGGUCAUGGUGAUGGUGAUGGUGAUGAUGAUGAUGGUGAUGGUGAUGGUGAUGAUGAUGAUGGUGAUGGUGAUGGUGAUGAUGGUUAUGGUGAUGGUGAUGAUGGUUAUGGUGAUGAUGGUGAUGAUGGUGAUGAUGGUGAUGAUGGUGAUGAUGAUGGUGAUGAUGGUGAUGGUGAUGGCGAUGGUGAUGCCAUCGCUCCGCCUAUCCAACUGGAGACGGAGGCUGACGCCAUCCCAGCAUCACUGGCAGGCCAUGCGCAGCUGAUGUCAGCACUGGCAUCAGCAAGGACGGCCGCUAGUCAAGCCGACCAGCUACUACUGGCUGUGCACCGCUCUGCUGCUGCUGGUACGGCCACUGCCGCUGCUGUUGCAAGUGGUGGUGCUGGUGCUGCGGCUGCCAGCGGUGCUGGUACUCCGAUGGGGAGGAAGGAGAGAGGUGGUGGUGGGAGGGGGAAGCGGAAGAGGAGAGGGCGAGGGGAGGGCGAGGGAGGGAGGGGGGAGCUGAGGGCGUGGAGGGGGGAGGAGCAGGGAGGGGCGGCGCAGGAGGGCGAGGGCGCGUGUGUGACAGUGGGGGAGGUUGAGGCCCUCCAUGCGGCCCUCCUUGCGCUGCCCAUGCGUCUGCCCCACACCUCUCAGCUCGCCUCGCUCCUCGCCUCCCUCUCCUCCUGGCAAGCCGAUGCCUCUCAGGCCAUGCACACCGCGACCUCCCUACUUGCUCCAUCCACCACAGUCACACCAUCCACCACAGUCACACCAACCACCACAGGCACCCCAUCCACCACAGUCACACCAUCCACCACAGUCACACCAUCCACAGCAGCCGCGGUGCCUUGCAACCCCACCAGCCCAGCCUCACUCCCCAUCAGCUCCCCUCCCAGCAUCACGUCCAGCGCCCCCCCCAUGCAAUCAGCAGCAGCGUCACCUCAAGCUAAGCCGCCACCAGUGGCACCUGCACCAGUGGUGCGGGCCGAUUCAGCCAGGGCCAGCCUGGACGAGCUCUCAGCGCUGCUCUCGCGAGGGCUCAGCCUCGGCGUUGCGCUGCCAGAGCUCGCUGCGCUGCGCACGCUGGAGCAGCAGGCGCAGUGGGAGGUGGAUGCUGACGCCAUGCUGUGUGGUGCUGCAGGUGAUGCCAGUGCUGCUGCUGCGACCCACAAGGGCGCGAGCAGCCGUGGCAAGCCGAGCAUUGAGGCGAUGGAGAGGCUUGUGGCCGCGUGCCCGCAUCCACUCUCCGCACCACCUCCGUCUUCAAGCGUGCCGCCCCCCUCAGCACGCCUCGCUCAGCUCCGCUCUGCUCUCGCUGACGCGCACCCGUGGGUCCAGGCAGCCAAUGAGAUGAUGACACGUGGACCUGCCAGCUGUGAGGUGCAAGAGGUGGAGGCGAUGGUGACACGUGGCGAGGGCCUGCGAGUGUGUGUGCGGGGGGAGUGCGAGCGCCUCAACGCCAUCCUUGCCGCCCACAGAGAGUGGGUCUGCGAGGUGCAGCAGCUGCUGGCACCUGAGCCGCCCUGCUGGCCUGCACCGCCGUCCAUGGCGUCCACUGCCGCCACUCCCCCAUCGCAUCCGCCUCCUCUUCUCACCACCCUCGCACACCUCAACACCCUGCAGGCCCGUGGCAGCAGCAGCAUAGUGGCCAGCCCUGAGCGCCAUCAGCUGCAGCAGGCGGUGCAGGCGCUGGACGCGUGGCUGGCUGCCUGCAGUGAUGCGGUGGAGGGGCCUCUAGGGGAGGGUAGGGCACCGUUGUGUGAAGAGAGGCUGGUGGGGAAGCUGAAUGAG